AUGGCUGAUAAGCCGCCAGAAGACAGCUACAUAUCUGUUGUUGACGAAGAACCCGUGUUUUUUGAGUUACUCAAAUGGGAUUCGUCACAAUCGCAAAAGCAACAAGAGCCGAGGAGUUUAGAAAAAGCAAAAAGUCCGGAGAAAAUGGUGACAAAAUCUAAAGAAGAGUCAGAUCCGUUUGAUUUGAGUGAUGCCGCCUUUUUAGAUAUGUAUCGACUUUCAAAAGAUCUGGCGCGAAAUCUUUGUGAGGAAUUGAAACCUGUUAUGCCCGAUUCUAUUAAAUCGAUCGAGUUUUCUGUUGAAAGUAAAGUUUUAGCAGCUUUGUCAUUCUAUGCUACUGGCAAGUAUCAGAAAUCAAUAGGGGGUAGAUCGGACCCCAGUAUAACUCAGUAUUUUGUAGCUACAGCGGUGAUGCAAGUCACUGAAGCAAUGAAUGACCCCAGUAUUAUUAAGAAAUAUAUUCACUUCCCACAUUUGAGAAAUGAGAGAGAAGUCAUCAAAAAUGGUUUCUAUAUGAAGUAUGGCAUCCCUAAUGUUGUUGGGUGCGUGGACUGUGUACAUGUGCCAAUCGCCCGGCCUGAUGAAGAUCAGAAAAAACACUUCAACAAGUCAUACCACUCUAAGAAAGUACAAAUAAUCAGCGACAGUCGUCAACGUAUCCUGAGUGUGUGUUCGGAGGGAGGCGGCUCUUACUCACACGACGCUCUGUUGGCGAGACACGCGGUCACUGUAGACCUGGUCAGUCUGAAUAACUCACGAGACCUGUGUUGGCUGUUAGGUGGGCCGCAUUACUCACAGAAACCAUACCUGAUGGCUCCCGUACCGAAGAUGACGAAGAAAUCAUCCAUGUCACCCGAGAAGUAUUACACGAACCUGCACGGCCAGGCUCACUCCUCCGUCACAGAGACCAUCAAACAGCUGAAGGCGCGCUGGAAGUGUCUGCAGGCGACCAGCAACAAACAGUUCGACCCGCCCACAGUCGCCAAGAUGGUUCGCGCCUGCUGCGUGCUACAUAACAUAUGUAAUGAGAAUAACAUGCCUCAAGUGGAUAUGACUCAAGCAGAGGAGCGCCUCGAGGCUAUGAAGCAGAGAGUCGCCAAUUCCCCGCCGUCUAGAAAACAUGAGGACGAUCAGCUCGGCUUACAAGCAAGAGCCGCGCUUAUACAGAGACUAUGGGCUGAGAGAACCAUCACGCAAGAUACCUGCCCCACUAAUAAGAGGAGACUGACAAAGAAAGAUCGACCGGUUGAACACCCUGUACAUCACGAGAUGCAGCAUCCGCAACAGAUGCACGAAGACCCCAAACGGCCAAGGAUACUCAUGAACAAUCCUUAUAGUAUUGGCAUGCCGCCCGCUUGGGGUCACUACCCACAACACUGA